AAUUGCUUUCUCUCUCCUCCUCCCCUUCCAUAAUCCAUAUAACCACCCUCUCUCACUACUCCACCCCAUUUCCCACACGCCCCCAAAUCCCUCAUCAAUCAAAGAAGCCCAAUGGAGAAACCAACCAAGAUCAUCAGAAAGUCCAUCCACACCUUCCUCAGAAACUACCACCAUUUCACUUCAAUAGCCACCUUCCUCGUAUUCCCCGUCUCUGCUUCUAUCCUCCUCUCCCAAGCCCUCCCUUCCUCUUUACCUCUCCUCCAAUCCACACAUUCCCGCCUCCAAUCUCUCUUUGACACUGCUGGUUUCCCACCUUCUUCCCAAUUCUUCUCCCUACUCAACAUCAAGCUCUCACAAACCAUAUUUUCCUCCAUCUUCACACUACCCUUCACCCUCUCCUUCCUCCUCUUAGCCAAAGCAUCCAUCAUUCAAGUUCUGUGUUGUGGCCCAUCAUCUCCGUGUCGUCACCUUUCCUUUUAUUCUCUCUUACAUGUGUACCACCCUCUCCUCAUUACCCAUGUCUGCAACUGCCUCGUAAUUCUCUCUGCCAAUGCAUCCGCCUUCUCUCUUCUGUUCCUCACCUUCAAUUCCCUUGACGUCAUCGGCCUCUCCUCCCCCAAUAUCCUCCUCUUCCUCUCCACAGCCAGCGCAGUCCUGUACUCGGUCGUCCUCGCCAACACCCUCGUUAUCUGCAACUUGGCCAUUGUUGUGGCUGGUAUGGAGAACUGCAGUGGGUACAUGGCAAUCCUCAAGGCCUGUGUAUUGAUGAGGGGCAGGGCCGCAACUGCCCUCUCACUGGCUCUCUCCACCAAUCUGGGAUUCGCCGCAGUUGAAGCAUUGUUUAUGUACCGGGUGGUGAGGGCUUAUCGGCAAUUUCAUAAAUUCAGUGCAUCUGUUGCUUGGGAGGCAGUGUUGAUUACUUACAUAUACUCCAUCUUCAUCGUCCUCGACACUGUCGUGGGUUGCAUAUUUUACAGGAGCUGCAAAUCAGGUUGCCCAUUGGACCAGGAGAGUAGAUUUGAGAGCCAAAUCAAGCUCGUCGAAGAGGAUGAUUUCACAAACUCAAAGAUUAUACAACUUCCAUGACCCACCCACUUCAUGGCUGCCAAAAAUCCCAACAUAUGCAUCACCUCUGCCAAUUCACCAUUAUCAGUCGGGUGGCCAACCCUGAUGCCACUCUGGUACAUUAUGGAAAUGACUCUCAAUGUGUAUCGUCCAUGACUCUGUAACAGGAGCCAAACUAUUUACGCACAGCCCAAUUGAUAUUCGUUCCCUUCUCUUUCUACAUCUGGUAAUUAAAUAGUACCAAGUUGUACAAAGAAUAGAAAGGAAAGGGUGCCACUAUCAAUCAGGGUGGGUGCAGAUAUCAAUUUCCCAUGGUAAGUCAGCCUCUGAUGCAGAUGCAAGGAAACAAAAAGUUCUUCAAGUCAUACCAAGGUCCUCGGCAAAGUAAGCUCAAGGGGUGAAAGAAUUCAGACAUCUUCCUUCAAUGUAGCUUUUUAUACACCAUUUCUAGUUUGAGUGUAGAGUUACAGUUCAUGUGGUGGUGUGUUAUUGUAUAGAACAAAGUCGUCAAGGUUUUUCUUUCUCCAAAACUGUUUGAAAAGAAAAUGAAGAACUUAAA